GUGUUUUAUUGCUAAAUUUGACUAAAGCGAUUUUUAUUUACGAAGCGUUUGUUUUCCAUUCUUCAAGUUACACGUUGUUUUACAAAGUAGGUUCUGUGUGGAAAAGAAAAGCUACCUGAUAGUGUGUUUGUCGGACUGUUUUGGGGAUUGGCUAGCUAACUGUUAGCUAGCUGUUUGUUUACCAGAGUCUGGCCAUCCAACAUGGAUGACAGUAAGAUGGUUGGUGGAAAAGUAAAGAAACCAGGGAAACGGGGUCGAAAACCUGCCAAGAUCGACCUGAAGGCCAAGCUAGAACGAAGCAGACAGAGUGCCAGAGAAUGUAGGGCCAGAAAGAAACUGCGCUACCAGUACCUGGAGGAGUUGGUGUCCAGCAAGGAGAGAGCCAUUUGUGCCCUGAGAGAGGAGCUAGAGAUGUACAAGCAGUGGUGCAUUGCUAUGGACCAGGGAAAAAUCCCAUCAGAAAUCAAGGCUUUGUUAACGGGAGAUGAUCAGAAAGCCCCACAAAGCAGUAGCACCAAGACGCCCAAGAAUGGCAAGUACAACUCAACAGGGAUCAGCCAGAGUAAAUCAUCUUAGGCCAAGCUAAACGACUCAGAAGACGUUUUAAGACAACUUGCUCUGGAUAUCAUGGGUGAAAUGAAUCGGAAAUAAAUAAUCAUUGAUAGAGCCGGUGCUGGUAGAACCUAAUUUAUAUGAAGGAACAGUGCAGCAGACAGAUAGUAUCAGCUGCUGUUUUGCUGAAGGAACGCUACAGUAUUGUAUUUGUAAAGUCUAUUAUUUAGGCCCAUGUUUAGCCAAUGACUUUCCAUUUACUUUCAUCAGAUUUAAACAAGGUAGAAAGGUAUGCGAAUGCAUGUAGGUGAAGAAAUGAAUCGAGGCUGUUACGUUGAAUGCUUCCAAAUCAAUUUACAUUAAACAUUAAGCUCACAGCAUGUGCAAUAAAUUUCAAAUACAAUAAACCCUUUAAAGACAGACACAACUAGCCAAAUCUUCAGCUUCACUUUAAGCACUUUGCAGGUUUGCAUAGCACUGGUUGAAGCUCUUAAUGUUUUUCUUUUAGGAUUUAAGGGUUAAAGUAAUGGUGUGAAAUAUAUUUGAGUAUAUAUUUUUUCCUCACCAGCCACUUACACACAUUACAUUCUUGAGCUACACAAGCUACACCUACCUCAUAGAAUGUAUUCUUGAGUAUACAAAUACUAAAUGGAGCCCAUCUGUUGCUUUGUACAGUUUGUCACCACCUGUACCCCACAGUAAAUGGAAAAGGGCCCUUAUGGGAACCCGACUGACCAGA